AUGAAGACUUUUGCAGUUACACUCGUUGCUGUUGCCAGCCUGGCAGCCGGAGCCUACGCGGCGCAAGACGUGGAAGAGGCCGCAGCGGAGGGCUGCACGACCAGAAAUGUGUGCAACUACGUAAAGGACCUGCAGCAAACCGUGAACGACAUGUAUGAUGAGCUUGAUGAGGCUUUUGCGCUCAUCAAAGAGCUCCAAGAUGGGCAAAAGGGACCCAAGAGCAGCUGUGCGUCAAAAUGUCACAAAGCCAGCGUCGACUGCAAAAGGAAAUGCCAGUAUGAUGCCAAUGGAGGAAAGAUGCUGAGGCUGACCACGACUUGCCAUGACAAGUGCAACAGCGCCAGCAAGAAUUGUGCUGCAAGCUGCUAA